UCAUAAAUUGAGACCAUUAUUCUCUCUCACUCACUUAUUUGUAGUUUCUCUGAUUAGAAUAGACAUGAAGGAAUACUCAGUUUCCUGUAAAAGACAUAGAAAAGAACAAUAUUUUGCAGCAGACCACACAAGAAGACAACACCAAUGCACACAAAACAACUCUCUUACAUUGUCCACUUCUCAACUAAACAUUCCACAUAUGUUACAUGUUUUUGUUUCUUUGCUGUUUCUUCUUACUUCAACUACCUCAGCAUUGUCUCAUAACCCAAUUGUCUCAGAUUCUGCUCACCCCUUGAAGACUAACCAAACAUUUAAAGCAAGUGCAGAGUUGCUUAAGUUAAGAAGAAUCAGAACUCACUUGAAGAAGAUCAAUAAACCUUCUGUGAAGACAAUUCAGAGUCCAGAUGGUGAUUUGAUAGAUUGUGUUUUAUCUCAUCAGCAGCCAGCUUUUGAUCAUCCUAAGCUUAAAGGGCAUACACCAUUGGAUCCACCAAAAAGGCCAAAGGGAUACUACAAAAAUGGAGAAAAUGUUAGUGAGAGCUUUCAACUUUGGACUAAUUCUGGUGAAACAUGUCCAAAAGGAACUAUUCCAAUCAGAAGAACAACAGAAGAAGAUAUUUUAAGAGCAAGUUCUAUCCAAAGAUUUGGAAGAAAACCAAGACCUGUAAGAAGAGAUUCAACUAGCAGUGAUCAUGAGCAUGCAAUUAUUUUUGUAAAUGGAAAUCAAUACUUUGGAGCAAAGGCAAACAUAAAUGUGUGGGCACCCCAUGUAACAGAUGCAUAUGAAUUUAGCUUGUCACAAAUUUGGGUUAUUGCUGGAUCUUUUGGUAAUGAUCUGAAUACAAUAGAGGCUGGUUGGCAGGUAAGUCCAGAACUAUAUGGAGACAACUAUCCAAGGUUCUUCACUUAUUGGACAACAGAUGCAUAUCAAACAACUGGAUGCUACAAUUUACUAUGUUCAGGCUUUAUCCAAACUAACAACAAGAUAGCAAUAGGAGCAUCAAUCUCCCCAACAUCUACUUAUAACAGAAGACAGUUUGAUAUUGGUAUAAUGAUUUGGAAGGAUCCAAAGUAUGGACACUGGUGGCUAGAGUACGGUUCUGGACUAUUAGUUGGAUACUGGCCAGCAAACAUGUUUAGUCACUUGAGGAGUCAUGCAAGCAUGAUACAAUUUGGAGGUGAAAUUGUGAAUACUCGUUCAAAGGGUUACCACACUAGCACUCAAAUGGGGAGUGGCCAUUUUGCUGAACAAGGGUUUAGAAAAGCAGCAUAUUUUAGAAACUUACAAGUCAUUGAUUGGGAUAAUAAUUUGCUUCCUCUUGCUAAUAUUCAGCACUUGGCAGACCAUUCUAAUUGUUAUAACAUAAGACAGGGUAAUAAUAAUGCUUGGGGAAAUUAUUUUUAUUAUGGUGGUCCUGGGAGAAAUGUGAAAUGCACAUGAAGAAAAUGACACCUAAUAUAUAAGUUAUAGGAUUUUAUUUUGUUUUGGUCAUAUAUAAAUAUAUGUAUUUUUGCCAUAGAGGUUUUAUUUUUAUUUUUGGGGUGUAUCUAUCUAGGAAGGCUAUUUAGUGUUUCUUCCCAUUUCUUUCCUACUAAUAUUCUUCAUUGAGACCUUAAACAUUGUCAAAGAUGAAGUUGGCUUUGACUUUGUCUAGAUGUAUCAUGAACUUUCCAAUC